AUGUCAAUAAGAAACGAGUUUACCCGACUAAAGUCAAAGGUAGAAUCAUUAAAGUUGGACAUAGCGUUUUUGAAAAGAUGCAAACGUUACAAAGUUACACCAAAUUUCAUUAAGGUCAAAACAUCUGUGACAAAUGCGGUAACUGAAAAAGUGAUCUCAUUAGCAAAACAGAAUUGGUUGAGUUUGGAGCUAAAAGCUAAAUACGCCACAUUACAAAGUUAUGAGAUUCACCUAUAUGCUUUACACCUGCGGUUAGCAUCUGCGAUACCUAAUGACAAAAUUGAAGCAUCAUAUGACUGUGAAUUGUAUCAAUUUCUACGAGCGUCUUCUCGAAGCAUCGAAAAUUUGGUCAAAAUCAAACGAGAAGCCCAAAAUAGAAAAUUUGCCAACCUUUUAAAAAAUCAGCCCAAAGGGGAGAAAAACUUCAAAAAACCUCUACUUGUCGAAGAUGCCGUAGUCAACAUCUCUAAUGUGAAUUUAUCGACUGACCAACUUAACCUGCUAAAUAAGGGUCUAAACUAUGGCAUUCGCCCAAAAACAACACCUCUAAAAGAUGUUAUUGUUGAUAUAGAAACAGUUUUGAAAUCCACGUCACAAUUUACCAAAAAUGAUAUCCGUCUAUGUACUAAAAAACGCAUUGAAAAUUUAAAACAAGAAACACGCCGUAGUACAAAUGAAGCGGAAAUUAUGAAGGACCUUUGUAAAAAGGACAUCUACAUAAUGAAGGCGGACAAGGGGAAUAAGAUUGUUAUCAUGGACACAGCUGAAUACGAACGGAGG